AUGGCUGCACCCCAUGAAUACCCCCAAAUUGGUCUCCCCCUGUCCUCAGCUGCCUGCAAGGACAUGACCACACCGCAGGCAGCCAUGCUCCCCGGCAAGGGCAGGGCCCCCGCUCACCCUCCAUCACCGGCACGCAGCAAGCCGCUGGCAGCACCCGGAGCCUCCCCGCCGGUGGCUGCAGCUACCAGGAGAGAACCGCUUCCCCUCCACCACUGCGGCUCGUUUUACCAGCCCGCGCCCGUUAAGUUCACGCUCAAUGCCUCACCGGGAAAAUAUGUGCAGGAGCACAGGACGGGUGGACGCCGCGCCGGGGAGGCGCCGCCGCCGCUGCUGGCCGUGGCCUUUUGCCCGGAGAAGGUGGUGACCUCCGACGUCCUGCGGGAAGCCCGGAUCCUCAUCCUGCACAUGGGCCGCGACUUCUCCUUCGACGACUGCGGCCGGGCCUUCACCUGCCUGCCCGCGGAGGAGCCCAGCGCCCCGGCCGAAGCACUGGUCUGCAACCUGGACAGUCUGCUGGGGACCAUGACGCACCGGCUCUGCGUGGGCUCCCCGCCUGGCGUGUGGGUCUGCAGCACCGACAUGCUCCUCACCGUGCCCUCGGCGCCAGGGAUUGACUGGGAUGGUUUCCAGGGUGUCAGAGUGAUUGCGGUGCCCGGGAGCCAAGCGUAUGCCAGGAAUCAUGGGGUCUACCUUGCCGAUGAACAGGGGCUAGUGCGCAACAUCAUCUACAAAGGCACAGAGGCCCAGAUCCAGCAGUGUGCGGGGCCCGACGGCACCGUCCCACUGGUCUGCGGGGUGGUUUUCUUCUCCUCAGAUGCCGCCGAGCAGCUUCUGGCCACCCAUGUUAUUCCUCCUCUGGACGCCUGCACCUACAUGGGGCUGGACUCGGGGGCACCACCCAUCCAGCUCUCCCUCUUCUUCGACAUCGUGCUGUCCAUGGCAGGGGGGGUGACGAAGGAGGAUUUUGUGAAGGGUGGCGGUGAUGCCAGCGUGAGGAGCGCCCGCUCCAUGCUGUGGACAGCUCUCCGUGCCUUCCCUCUUAGCAUGGCCUGCAUCCCCGAUGCGUCCUAUGACUACAUGACCACCUCUGCAAGCGACCACAUCCGCAGCCUGACACUCCUGCCUGGCUCUGCCAGCCACCUCCGCUUCUGCAAAACAGCCCAUUCCCAUGUGGACCAGCCCUGUCUCCUGGAGGACGGCUCUUCAGUCACCAACUGCCUGCUGGAAGGAGCCGUGCGGCUGGCAGCUGGCAGUGUCAUCCAGCACUGUCACCUCCAGGGUCCCCUGGAGAUUGGUCCCGGCUGCCUUCUCUCAGGCCUCACCACGGGCUCCUCGCUGGCCCUGCAGGGCUGUCCCCUGCAUGACGUCGUCCUGCAAGGCCACCACAUCCGGCUGCGUGACCUGCCCUGCCGUGUGUUCACGCUCACCGGCCGCCUUGACAACUGGCAGGUACAGGGGCAGUGAGGCAAGGCCACCUACUUGAAUGUGCCCUGGGCUGAGUUUUUCCAUCGGACAGGCAUACGGGAAGGGGACCUUUGGGACGCUGAGAUGCCGCGGAGGAGCCGCUGCUUGCUCAGUGCCCGGCUCUUCCCAGUGCUGCAUGCCUGUGAGGCGCUGGGGCUGGAGGACGUGCUGUGGCUGCUGGACCCGGCGGCGCCGGCUGGCGAGCGGCUGGUGCGCUGGCGGGCAGCCUGGCGCAUGUCCUGGCAGGAGCUGCUGCCCUGCCUGGACAAGGCAGCCGAGCUGGGUGCCCGCCGGGCCCUCUUCUUCCUGCAGGGCCAGCGCAAGGUGCGGCAGGUGCUGCUGGGGCGGCAGGACAGCAGCCUCCUGCCGCUCGCCCGCAGCGCCGUCCACGAGGGCUACCACGAGGCCGUGCUGGGCACGCUGGAUGAGGUUGCCUCCACGGCUGGCGACGCUGGCAUCGCAGCCCGGGCACUCGCCUGCAUUGCUGACGUCCUGGGCUGCAUGGCACGAGGGGAAGGGGGCUUGCGGAGCGGGCCCGCUGCCAACAGGGAGUGGGCCUUGGCUUUCAGACGCCUGGAGAGCGGGGACAUCGCCGGUGGUGUCCGGGAGCUGGCUGCUGAGCGGCAGAAGUGGAUGAGCAGUCCAGCUCUGCUGGUGAGAGCGGCUCGGCAUUACGAGGGGGCCGAGCAGAUCCUCCUCCGGCAGGCGGUGAUGUCCUCGUGCCAGUUUGUCACCGUAGGGCAGGCGGAGCUGCCACCCUUGGGGCACUGGGUGCAGGUGGCAUGUCCGGCUCGCCUGGACCUCUCUGGCGGCUGGAGCGACACCCCCCCCAUCACGUACGAGCACGGGGGGGCCGUGGUGGAUGUGGCGGUGCUGGUGGAUGGGUGCCGGCCCAUCGGCGCCCGGGUGCGGCGCAUUGGCGAGCCGGAGCUGCGCCUCAUCAGCCUUGGCGGGACACUGCAGAGCGAAGUGGCGGUGGAGCUGGUGUGCCGGGAGCUGGAGCACUUGCAGGAUUACUGCCAGCCACACGCGCCAGGAGCCUUGCUCAAAGCUGCCUUCAUCUGCACCCAGGUUGUGCAGUUCCCUUCGCAGAAGCCCUUGCGGGCCCAGCUGAUGGAGAGCUUUGGGGGUGGGUUUGAGGUGCACACCUGGUCCAAGCUGCCCCACGGGUCUGGCCUUGGCACCAGCAGCAUCCUGGCAGGAGCAGUGAUGGCAUCGCUGUACCGGGCAACCGGGAAGGCUACCAGCACCGACUCCCUCAUCCACGCCGUGCUGCACCUGGAGCAGAGGCUCACGACAGGCGGCGGCUGGCAGGACCAGGUGGGCGGGCUCGUGCCCGGCAUCAAAAUCGGGCGGUCGAAGGCCCAGCUGCCGCUCAGGGUGGAGGUGGAGAAGAUCCCAGUGCCCGACGGUUUUACCCAGACCCUCAACAAUCACUUGCUGCUGGUGUACACAGGGAAGACUCGCCUGGCCCGCAACCUGCUCCAGGAUGUGGUGAGGAACUGGUACGCCAGGCUGCCCUCCGCUGUGCAGAAUGCCGACGCGCUGGUGAGCAACGCCGAGGAGUGUGCCCAGGCCUUGAGGCAAGGUAACCUGCUGCUCAUUGGCAAGUGUCUGGACCGCUACUGGCAGCAGAAGAAAUGCAUGGCCCCUGGGUGUGAGCCGCUGGCCGUCAGGCACAUGAUGGAUGCUCUUCGGCCCUACGUCUACGGGCAGUGCUUGGCUGGGGCUGGCGGUGGCGGCUUCCUUUACAUCUUAACCAAAGGCCCUCGGCAGAAAGAGGCUUUGUACCAAGUUCUAGCAAAAACCGAGGGACUGGGCAACUUCAGCAUCCACAGCAUUGAAGUGGACAUGGGUGGGUUUGCUGUGGAGGUCGUGGGAUGUGAUCCGAAGGACGGUGCUUGCCCCGGAGAGGACAUGGCUGUGUGA